ACAAAUCGAUAGAACAAAGGCUGAACCUCAGCAGAUCGUAGCAACAAGGCUACUCUACUGCUUACAGUACCCCGUUCCAAUUCAAGUCGUCUGCAAGAGAUUCACCCCCGCAAUACAUCAUUUAUCAUUCGUAGUCAAUACAUUCAAUUCUUUCCAAUCAAAUGCACAAAACUACCUAAUAUAGCUCACGAGCAUAAGCCCUAUUUUAGCAUAUCUAUCUAUUGCGGGACCAACGUCAUCGUUUCUGGCACAGAUUCUGGCUUAGAGGCGUUCAGCCAUUAUCUAGCGGAUGAUAGCUUCGCAGCAUUGCCCGAUCGGACAGCUGCAAAUACCAAUUAUCCGAACGAACGGUUCCUCUCGUACUAAGUUCGAUUACCAUUACGAUAACUUUCCAUCAGUAGGGUAAAACUAACCUGUCUCACGACGGUCUAAACCC